AUGCAAUUUGUCUGCAGUCGUUCCGGAGAGAAGAUGAAAUGGCGCAGUCAUAAAUGGCUUAAUGUACAUUUUAUCGAUUCAUAUUUCUUUCACGUGUCGUUUUUUUUUACAACAAUGGCAUUCAUUUGUCAGUCUGUUGGCAACAGAUCUAUCUAUCUAUCUAUCUUUCUAUCUAUCUAUGUGAGUCAGUUUCUGUCUGUCUUUCUUUCUUUCUUUCUUUCUCAGUCUGUUUCUUUCAUUCUCAGUCCGAUCUUUCAUUUUUGUUUUAUCUAUCUAUCUAUCUAUCUAUCUAUCUAUCUAUCUAUCUAUCUAUCUAUGUCUUUUCAAAUAUAUCUAGAUCAGUCCACCUCUUCUUUCUUUCUUUCUUUCUUUCUUUCUUUCUUUCUUUCUUUCUUUAUUAGUUUUAUCUAUCUAUCUAUCUAUCUAUCUAUCUAUCUAUCUAAGUCCGUUUCUUUCUUAUUCUUUACUUUCAUAUCUCUCUCUCUCUGUCACUUCCUUUCUUUCUUUCUUUCUUUCUUUCUUUCUUUCUUUCUUUCUUUCUAUAUACACAAACACACACACACACACACAUAUAUAUAUAUAUAUAUAUAUAUAUAUAUUGGUCUGUUCAAACGUAACUACCUAUCUAUCUAUCUAUCUAUCUAUCUAUCUAUAUCUAUCUAUCUAUCUAUCUACACCUAG